AUGCAAACCGAACCAAAAGUUUUGAUAGAACCAAUAAAUGUCGUAACUUUACCGAACUUCAUCGGAGCUUUCGCAAAACGGAAUAAACAGUCAAUAAUCUCUUGUUCUUUUGUUUCAGAUUGUCUCCACCUUCAGCUCUACAGAGAUCCAAAAGAUCGCUACAAAAAAGGACAAACUAAAGCAUCUUUAUCCUUACAACAAUUUUUGGGAUUUGAAUCUGGUUUCACCUUGGACAAAGAAUCUAACACAAUUGCUAUCAUUUGCCAAGACGUGACAGUUGUUUUGGCAUUUGAGACCAGAGAACGACUAAUAGCGUGGCAAGUUAAAGUUGGGAGUCAGCUGGGGUGCUCAAAGGAGUUUCUAGUCAUGAUUGGAGGCGGUGGAAGCAAGAAGCUUCCUGCUGGACCGGCGAGGUUGCAUGUCCAGGGUCGCAGAUUUGCCCUUACUAGUGGGAUUCCACCGCGCUUACUUGGUCUUUGGGAGUUGGCGCAUUUGAGGAGAUAUGGUGUAGUUGAAGGUCGCUUUUGCUUUGAGGGUGGUUCCCACUGUGGCAAAGGUGAAGGUCUGUAUAUGCUGAUUACUGAUCAAGCUCAAGAAAUUACUGAUACUUUUGACAUGGCUGCCCAAGGAAACUUCUCCUUGCAAAGGACCCCAGUUUGUAGAAAAGAUAAAGGUAAAUGGCGACCAAGUACAAGAUUAUCGGACGCAAACACUUUUGAUCCAUCACUACCCGAUACAGCCAGUGGUUUAUAUGAAGAAAAUUUUUUCGGAGAAGAUCGAGGAAGAACCUCUCCUUUCUGGCCUUCGGAUGAAAGACAGAACUACGAAGACCAAGAGUUCAAAUAUUCAAGUGAUUUAGAAAUUGUUAAACCACCUUGGUGUGGAGCUGAUCACGUGACUUUAGAAAGAUGUGAUAAUUGUCAGACGAAACUUGGUGUAAUGUCCCGUUCAUCAACAGUAGCGUUGACUCCUGGUACACAGUUCAGUCCUGCGUGGACUAUGGAAGCAGUCCCAGAGAGCAGCUCUGAUAAUUCUUCAAAUAGCACUGAGUACUUGACUCCGAAAGCAAUAAGAAAGCACAUUUCAGGCUGCCAAUGUGAUGAUAAACCACCAAUGCGUCCACCAAAGCCAGCACAUUUAGAAACGAAGAAACCACAUGCAUUCAUUCCUGAUACUUUUAGUUCAGUGAACGACAAAAGUGUAAAUAACCCUAGAGUUGGUCCCUAUGAAAACUACGAUAUCCCCAAGCCGAUCCAGUCCGAGAUGGACAAUGGUGAAUAUUACGAUACACCUAAAAGAUUGAAGGAAGCGCUAACAGAUGAUUUAUUUAAAGUUACAAAGAAAUCUGCGCCCGGUAAUUUAGUUUUGAAGAAAAAUUGCGGUUGUAUUUUAAAAUUUGGUUCAAAAAAACCAGUUAUAGUCGAAUGUGAUGAAAGUCUACAGCCGGUAGAAUGUCCGUGUCUAAAAGUUACUAAUUGGGCAAAUAACCUGAUAAGUCUUCCAUACUGCAAGCGUAACACUAACAUAUCUGAAAGCAGCGACAAUCAAAGUCGUAGAGAUGAAUCAGUACUGUAUGCCACGAUAGAUGUUUCCAGAAAAACCAAUAGACAAAGUGCAAUAUCCGAUAAAGGACUACAAGAAGAAAGAAAUCAAGGAUCAAAAUUUAUGAACUACCAAAACGUAGAGCCAAAACUAGAUAAAGAAUUCGAAGGUCCUUUUGCAAAUUACGAAAAUCUAGAAUUUUCUUUAUCUUUAGAGUAUUAUGAGAACGCUAAGGAUCUAUUGAAAAAGGCUGGCGUUACUCAAAGCGAACUUGAUGCGUUAAGUGCCAACAUAGAUCUAGCAGUUACAACCAUGCCAAGAAAAUCUAAGCUGUGUACAAAAUGUGGACACUCCCAACAUAAUCUCAACCAGAACUCUAAAAAAAAUAAAAGUGACGAGUAUUUACUAAUGGAACCUUGCCACGAAAUUAAAAAAAGCUAUUGUAAAACUGUUGGUUGUAAUGCAGGCUAUACGCCAAUGUUGCCAAACCCGAAUUGGUCCCAAAGCCUAAAGCAUCCAUUAAAUAAAAUUAAUAAGGUAGACAUUGAAAAGUCUUUGAGCAUCCCAACGUUACAUGGAAGUACUAGAAGCCAUAUUUCCGAAAAUAGCAAUAUAGGUAUAUUGCAAAAACGAUCGAGUUCAGUCGACUCUGCGAGAUUACUUGAAGAUCUCAAAGAAUUCGAUAGUAGCAUUGGAAGUCACGCUACAUCGUCAUCGCUAGAAACUUUAAGGAAUUUAACUAUUGAAAACAGGAGAUCUUCAUCAACCUGCGAUAACGAUAGAGACUGCUACGAUUGUUGUAAGUCAUCAGGAUCCGAAAACAAAACGGAUGACAGUUCUUCAAAAGAAAUACCGCAUUUAAGAAACAAACACAUGGAUAAUGCCCAGAUAAAAAGAUCUUCCAGCGUUCCGUGUAAAGGUGGUAACAGGGACUCUUCAAGUUCAAAUGAUUCCGGAGUUUCCAGCUGCUCAUUAAAACACGGAGGGGGAGACAUUCAAGAAUUUGAAAUGCCUCUAACAUGUGGUCAAUCAAGGUAUCAUUACAUGAUGCAUAAAAGGAUGAGAGAAAACCUAUCUGGAGGCAAUCAUUCCCCAUUACCCAGAAAAUCUAAAUCAUCCGAUCCCUUAAGAGAUAUGUCCUUACAAAUUCAUAAAGCAAAUAUACCAGCCAAAUCGUCUUCUGCUGAGGCAGAAGUUCCUGUCUUACCUCCAAAGCAGUUCAAGGGUGUAAUGGACACUCACAGUACUUCGAGCGGAACGUCGGACAUGUCAGAUUACAUCGAGACACUUUCUUUGACGUCCUCUCAUUCGUCAUCUGAUACUCCAACCGGCGUUAGGAUCAGUCGCCAAACAACGAGCACACUCAGACCUCGCUCCGGCAAAGAAUAUCAUAACCUCGACCCGAUCAUCACUUCAAUGUACAAAAACGGAAAGGACUUAGCCAACUAUACUAAUAUACCUUAA